CUCCCCUCCUAACGGUUGCAGCAGGGAGAGGCGAGAGUUAAUGCCUCCAGCGCGGCGGCUUUCUCCGCGCUGCGUAUUGGUUGUUGGCGAGACCCCACUCCUCUUCCCGGUUCUGCGGUGCCAGAUAGCAGUGGCAGUGGCAGCAAUGUUUCACUUCUUCAGAAAGCCUCCAGAAUUGAAAAAGCCUGCCAUACCAGAGAGAGAAGCAGACGGAUUUGUCCUUUUAGGGUCUGCUUGUGCAGAAUUCCUUUGGCCUCAUCAUCUCUUCAUCUCUUGUGAUCAGAAUGUAUUUUCUCUUGGAGAUACAGCAAAUGAACAAAGAACAGCAGCAAGAGGUAAAGUUUCAGAAGUAGAAGGCAACCUGCCUUUGGAGGAUGGGAAUAUCAUCUUAUAUUUUGGCAAUAAUCAAGAAUUUGAUGGAGAGGGAAACACUGAAGCAAUGAAGUCCAAAGAAAACAAGAGGGAAGAUGAUUUAAAUCACAAGUAGAGGAAAUGACUUUUGACAGGAGAGGAUAAAAUGGCAUCAUCUGUAACAGAAAAGGAGAAAUGGAUCCAGAUGCCAAGAUAAUUGUAGAUUUAAUGGUGGGAAUAUACUGCAGUUGAAUUAGGAGGACAGGAGAAAAAGGAUUACACACAAAAUAGCAAUCAAGAGGAAAUGAACAUACUCUCAGCCUCUUCCCUUCUCUUGGGUCACCUAGUCUCAUUUCUAUUUUCUGCAAGUUACUUCAUUCUUUUCUCUGAGAAGGCAUAUUUAUUUUGCUUCUUUUGCCCCUGACAGAGGAUGGCCACCCCAUGCACAAAUGUCUGUUCACUCAGUUCCCUUAAUAGGAUAAUACCGUGUUUCUUAACUCCAAGUUUCCAGAGGAGAAAAUGUUAAUGGUCCAGUUUUGGUCAGUUGUUGAACUCAAGUGAAAUCAACCAUGGUCAGAAGAAUGAGGCCAUUUUGUACAAACAUAGAUGUCAGGCCCUCCCCCCUGUGUUGGGGUAGGUUUAGUUUUUUGAGACAGGGGAACGAAGAGCCAGACACCCUACAAAGCAUCUACCAAACUUAUAUUCCAGUUUGUCAAACUCUAUUUUGUCAGGGAAUGCUUCCUCUCUGCCUUCUUUUCUCAUUUUGUUUACUUGUUUUUGUUUGUUUUAAUCUUCCCUACCCCACCAAUACAUAUACAUUCUCAAAAUUUUGUUCUUGACUCUCUUUUCCUUGAUUUCUGUGCUUUUCUUCUUUGACAACUUCUUCUGUGCCCAUGGCUUCAACUAUCAUAUAUGUACACAGAUAACCACAAGUUCCUUAUCCCUAUUCUUCUCAAUUUCACUAUCAUUUAAAAAUUACCUCCAAAAUAUUUUUUUUCUGGCUUCUCUAUGAGAUGGUGGAUGAUGGAUAUUAACCAAAAUUCCUAUGGUAACAUAUGUAAGUAAAAUCAUUACAUGGCACACCCUAAUUUUACACAAUGCUGUAGGGAAAUUGUAUCUCAAAGCCAGAAGAAAAAUACUGCCUCCACUUGAAAAUCCUCUAGUUCUUUUAUUUAUGGCUGAACUCAGUACCUCCUCCCAGGACCUACUCCUCUUGGGUACCUUGUUUCUAUUAAAGCCACCACUAAUGUGUCUGGCCACUAACCCUGAAAUAUCAGCAUUCAAAAUUGUUGGGCUUCCUUCUUUCAAGGUCCAUCAACUGAGAAAGAGGUAUCACUUGUCUCUUUUUCUCCUCCAUGCCUCUGUCCUUUCCCUUACUCUCAUUACCUGAACUCUCAUGAGCUACUCUCAAAGUCUGUUCAACAUCUUCCACUUUUUAGUCUUCAAUCCAGGUUGUAAGCUUUUCUUGCAUUAAUCUUCACAAAGCACAGCUCCACUCAUGUAAUCACCCACUUGAGAUUUUUUAACUUUGCUCACCACAUAUCAACAAUAUGCAAGUCUUGUGAUCUUUCAUCAACAGACCAAGACAUAUAUCUAGUAGCCAUCAGUCAAAAGCAGGGUGUUCAAUCAUCACAUAUGUUCAAUCAUAAUAUAUGUUGUAUAAUCUUAACAAUAAGACCUCUUCACUCUUCCUGAAACCUUUCUACGAAAGUGGUCUUUCCCUCCCAUCACCUAUAUAUUACUUUAUUUGCAUCGCUUAUGGAAGACAUAUUUAAAUGUUUUUGCCUUUGUUUACAGGCCUCUUUUCACCUCUGACAGAUUACAGUUUUCCAAAGUGUGAGAACAGGUUAUGACUUACAGAGCUUACAAUUGUGUCUGCCUCUUCAAAGACAUUUAAUAAGCAACUUGUUGAAGUUACUAAGGCCUGAUGAUAGUAUUGCUGCUGUUAAACCCUCAUAUAAGCCUAUUAGAUGGGUUAAUAUGGACAUUUUCAAUAAGAUGCUGAGCAGGACACUGAAAAUUUUGUGCCCAAAAAAGAUUUAAAUAAAAAGAAACAUUUCCAACUGCUGAUGAAUUGACUGCACCCUCAGCACACAUGGGUGAAAAGCAAAAUUCAUUCAUGAAGGAGGAAAGCAAUUCAUGAUAUAUUUUGAUCACUAAAUCCUCAUUAAAAAAUAACACUCCUAUAACCAAACAUAUUUUCCUCAUAAAACUACUAUUUUUCUCAUGUUCCCAAGCCAUUAGCCACUCAGAGACAGCCUCUUAGUUAAAUGGUAAAAUCUACUUAGGUAUCACUUUGGGGAUGUGUCCCUGGCAUCAUAGUUGGCAACAGGAAUUGUUUUGAAGAUCAAACUGAAAAAAUAGUGGUCUUUAUUCCUGCUCUCUAUCCUUAUAGGAAUAACUGUACACGUUCUCUUUUGCUAUUUACCAUUUAAAAAUAAAAUAUCCCUGAU